CCUAUGGAAGGGCAGGUCGGGUUCCAACACCCAGCGAAUCCGCUGUCAGAAAUUCGUGAGAGAUUAUUUUAUGCGCUGUUUUUUCGACUAUCAAUCUCGUAUGCAAGAUAUGUUCCAGCAAAAUUCAGGAAAUUUCUUGAGCUGUUUGUGUUAAUGAAGGCUAUCUUUGUCUUAUUUGUUUUGAUCUACGUACACGUUGCCUUUUCGAGUAAAUCGAUGGAAUGCUUAGGCGAUUUACAAAACUCUUGGGCUAAAGAUGGAAUUUUGCGAGUCGAAUUGUCCAUAGAUAAUCGUACACAUCAAGAGUUGCUCGAUCCCAACACAUUUCAUCCAAAUAAAACAUUGGAUAUUCUGCACUCGAAUAAGUUAUUACCUUCAUCUUUGGCAUAUUUUGGACCGAUGAGAAAGCAUGACAUGUAUAAAUACAUCCUGGAUACUGAAUUAAAGAAUAAUAUAACUGAACAAAAUUUUACUUCAGUUAUGGAAUACGCAUUGGAAUAUGGCUUUCUUAAAUUAUCUAAUGAAACACGCCGUCGAUACAAUAUUACCGUCACAACCCUGAGUUUAAAUAAUACUCACCCUUGUUUUGGUAAGAAUAUAGUGGAAAGACUUAUGGUGGAAGAAUUUCUAGGGUACGAUGACAUUUUAAUGUCCAGUUUUAAAAGCUUAGCGGAAGAACAUGGAAAUAAAGGUUAUCUGCAUAAUUUAAAAAGUGGGGAACACUUCCGAUUUAUUAGUGUAUGGAUGGCAAGAAGUUCCUAUUUGGUUUCGUUGCUUUUAAUGUUAACAUUUACUAUGUCCAUUGCUAUGCUGUUAAGAUUUUCUCAUCAUUUUAUCUUCUUAUUUAUCGUGCAAUUGCUCCAAGUUAUGGAAUUAAAUUCGUUUGUCGUGCUACCAGUUGCACCUUUGUUGACAGUCAUCCUUGCUUUAGUUGGUGUUGAAGCUAUUAUGUCGGAGUUUUUUCACGAUGCUGUCACUAGCUUUUAUGUGAUUCUGAUCGUUUGGGUAGCAGACCAGUAUGAUGCACUAUUCUCUCAUACUAGAACAACUCGAAAAUUUUGGCUUCGAUUUUUCUACGUCUACCUUUACCUGUUUUACGCUUAUCAUUAUCGAUUUAAUGGGCAGUAUAGCGGUCUCGCUUUGCUUUCAUCGUGGCUUUUCAUACAGCAUUCCAUGAUCUACUUUUUCCAUCAUUAUGAGUUACCUGCUGUUAUUCUGCAAGUACGUAUUAUGGCUGAAGUGCCAGGAAAUGUCCACGGCAAUCUCGCUUUGUUAGACCGAUUAGGUACACUUAACACUAUGAAUGACAUGCGAAAUGCAAAUGAAGGCUCAACUACUGAGCGAUCGUCAACACAUGGGCAGAGAUAG